AUGAGAUGGACAGGACAAGGUUGCUCCAAGCGAGCAAACUGCGAUAUUUACUACAGCUGCCAUGCGGAGAGGCGCGAAUUUGGAUGCGGAUUUGUAGUAAGCCGGAGACUUCGCCACCACGUCUCCAAUUUCACCCCAGUGAGUGAACGGCUGGCUACAAUCCGCGUCAAAGCUAGAUUUUUCAAUCUUAGCAUAAUUUGCGCGCACGCCCCGACGGAGGAGAAGGACGAUGCUGCCAAGGAUGCAUUCUACGCGAGACUCGAGGACACAUACGACCGCUGCCCAAACCACGACGUGAAGAUCAUCCUCGGGGACUUCAACGCAAAGGUUGGGCGCGAACGCAUCUUUGACCGCACCGUCGGUCAAUUCAGCCUCCAUGAGACCACCUCGAACAACGGUUUUAGGCUGAUUGACUUCGCCGCGGCGCGAAACAUGGUAGUGAGUAGCACCAGAUUUCGGCACCUCGACAUCCACAAGGCCACAUGGCUGUCCCCUGAUCAAAAAACGCGCAACCAGAUUGAUCUUGUUGUGAUAGACGGAAGGCAUGCCUCAAGCGUGAUGGACGUGCGUACGUUUCGUGGAGUCAACAUAGACUCGGACCACUAUCUUGUCGCAGCCAAGAUACGCAUGCGGCUAUGCCGAGCGAAAAACGUACGCCCCAUCACGCAACGAAAGCUUGACGUCACUAGGCUGCGAUCACAACGGACAGCAACAGCCUACUCCACUCACCUCUCGGAACUGCUCGACCAACCUACCCCUCUUCCUGUUAACGCCGGCGGACUCUGGGCGCACAUAUCCUACUCCAUGCGAGCUGCCGCUGAAACAGCCAUUGGGUUCAAGCGCCCACCCACACGGAACCAAUGGUAUGACGAGGAGUGUCGCGUCGCAGCUGCGGCAAAAAACGCCGCAUACAGAAGAACGCUGCAGUCUGGCGCAACGCGAGCUGCGUGUGAACGUUACAGGAAGAAAAGGAAGGAAGAGAGGCGGCUUUUCAUACGGAAAAAACGGGAGAAAGAAAAGCGAGAGUGCGAGGAACUCGAGGUGUUGCAGGACAGAAAUGAUGCUCGAAAAUUUUACCAACAAGUGAACCGUCUGACACAAGGUUUCAAGACCGGAGCAUGUAACUGUCGAGAUGAAAACGGGAAUCUGGUUACAGAUACGCAGUGCACGCUGAGGUUAUGGAGGGCGCAUUUCUCCAAGCUGCUAGCAGGCGAUGACGGCACCAAUCCCGCCAUUGGAGGAAGCAGCCCGAUACCACCAAUCGACGACAUUGUGGAUAUACCACUACCUAGCCAUGACGAGGUCCGAGCUGCUAUUAUGCGACUCAAAAACAACAAAGCAGCCGGUGCUGAUGGACUGCCUGCAGAGUUGUUUAAGGCCGGCGGCGAAGAGCUGAUAAGAAAGGCGACACGACGAGGACGGGGAAUUAGCCUGAUUGCCAUCUCAUAUAAGGUCCUAUCGAGCGUAAUAUGUGAACGACUGAAGCCGUAUACCAGCACACUGAUCGGACCUUAUCAGUGCGGCUUCAGACCUGGUAAAUCCACCAUAGACCAGAUCUUCACAUUGCGCAAAAUCCUGGAGAAAACCCACGUAAAUGGAAUUGACAUACACCAUCUAUUUGUCGAUUACAAAGCUGCAUUCGAUAGCCCGACAAGAGAACGCCUAUAUGCCACCAUGUCUGAGUUCGGUAUUCCAGCAAAGCUGAUACGUCUUUGCAGGAUGACAUUGAGCAGCACCAUCAGCUCUGUCAAGCUCCUUGCUUACGCUGAUGAUAUUGACAUCAUUGGCCGCAGCAAGCGUGAUGUCACUGCUGCAUUUUCCGCUAUCGAAAAAGAGUCAGCAAAAGUGGGUUUGGCGGUAAACGAGGGCAAGACGAAAUAUAUGCUGUCGACAAGCAGGGAAACGCGGCGCCUAGACUCCCAUGUGGUAGCAGACAGCUAUACGUUCGAAGUGGUCAAGGAGUUCACGUACCUUGGCACUGCCAUUAACACCAAAAACGACGUCAGCCUAGAGAUCAAGCGAAGAAUCACACUUGCCAAUAGGUGCUACUUUGGUCUGACACUCUACAAGACACUCAUCCUACCCGUGCUCUUAUAUGGCGCAGAAGCAUGGGUAGUGUCAACGGCAAAUGCAGCAGCGCUUGGAGUGUUCGAGAGGAAAAUUCUUCGCAAGAUCUUCGGUCCCGUUCGGAUUAGGGACGACUUUCGCAUUCGGAUGAACCACGAGCUGUACGAGUUGUACGACGACGUGGACGUGGUCCGGCGCAUCACGAUACAACGUCUGCGCUGGCUCGGCCACGUUGUGCGUAUGGAUGAAGAAUCUCCAGCUCAGAAGGUAUUCGAAGCGAGAGUCGACUACGGGCGACGACGAAGGGGACGACCAAAUCUUCGAUGGAAGAACCAAGUAGAGCAGGACCUUAAUCUACUGGAUACUGUCAUAUUCUCCAAAGACAUAAAUGCUGGUGAUGACGCGGAUCUACGCUUCGAGUUAACGAAGUCGUAA